CGCUGUAUUCAGGCGUUCGCCUGCGACAGCCCUGCACGGGUAGACGACGUAUUGGGGGCCUGAUCAGGACUGGGCGUAGGCACGGUGGGCGCGGGUCGUGCCGUUGGCAGGCGCUGUGUGUGAGAGCGGCGGCAAUCAUGGACGACGAGGAGGAGACAUACCGGCUGUGGAAAAUCCGCAAGACCAUCAUGCAGCUGUGCCACGACCGUGGCUACCUGGUGACCCAGGACGAGCUGGACCAGACGCUGGAGGAGUUCAAGGCCCAGUUUGGGGACAAGCCCAGUGAAGGGCGGCCGAGGCGCACGGACCUCACGGUUCUAGUGGCGCACAACGAUGACCCCACCGACCAGAUGUUUGUCUUCUUCCCAGAGGAGCCCAAGGUGGGCAUCAAGACCAUCAAGGUGUACUGUCAGCGCAUGCAGGAGGAGAACAUCACGCGUGCCCUCAUUGUGGUGCAGCAGGGCAUGACGCCCUCUGCCAAGCAGUCCCUGGUUGACAUGGCACCCAAGUACAUCUUGGAGCAGUUUCUGCAGCAGGAGCUGCUCAUCAACAUCACAGAGCACGAGCUGGUCCCGGAGCAUGUGGUCAUGACCAAGGAAGAGGUGACGGAGCUGCUGGCCCGGUAUAAACUCCGAGAGAACCAGCUGCCCAGGAUCCAGGCAGGAGACCCUGUGGCACGGUACUUUGGGAUAAAGCGCGGACAGGUGGUGAAGAUCAUCCGGCCGAGCGAGACUGCGGGCAGGUACAUCACCUACCGGCUGGUACAGUAGCUGCCUGAGGACAGACAGCUGGCGUCGAGGGGCCAGGCAGUGGCGUUCAUCCCACUCCUGUGAGCGUGCCCCACCACUUCCCUCUCUGGAGGCAGCCCCAGUUCCGGCCUGGUUGUGCCCAGCUUCUGUGACGAACAGUCACAGAUCACAUGAUUAACUGCCUGUUUCUCUCCCAGCAUGUCCCCUGGGGGACAGAGAGACGGUCGUGACCACCCCCUCACCCCACCCCACUCCCGCCGCUCCUGGCCAGGAGUGUGGGAGCUGGUUGCCUUGGGAAGCUUGCCUCUGCUCCCCCUGGAUCCUAGGGCACUUUGCCUCAUGCCUUGGAUCUGCCUUUCCUGGGCUGAGAGUCCCUGCAGCCUCUCCUGGAUGCCAAGCCCUGGCCUUGGAUCCCAGCUGAUGGUGCCUCUGGAGGGGCCAGGACACCUCAGGGUGGCCCGGCAUUCUCUGGUCUCCCCUUGCUGUGUCCCCCAUGGUGGCCCUGAUGCUGCCUGUCCAGGGGCUCUGAGGACAGUGGUGGUGAGAUGGAAACUGGGAUUUGGUUGCUUUGGAAUGCUGGGCAUCUUAAACAAUUAAAGCUAUUUUGAGUAAUAAGUUCACUCAUCUGAAGACCAAGGCAAAACAACAUUGGGUUUGCUGUGAGCAGCCUUGCUCAGGCUCUAGGCCACUCCACAGAGUCACUGCCCACUUCCCCUGGAGGGGUGACAGGGGUGGGGCUCCAGCAUGCCCUCUAGCUUUGCUUCUUGGUGCUCUUGUUCCAUAGAAGUUGGAGGUCACACUACCUAGUUUUCCUCUAUACUAACUUCAGAGGCCUCCCUCCCCAGGCUAAGUGCCAUUGUUUGUAUUUUUAAUUAAUAGCUUUGUUGACACGAGAUCUACGUACCAUACAGUUCACCCGUUUAAAGUUCA